AUUGAUGUAAUGUUGAUAUUGAUAUAUUUUCCCCUUCUCCCACCCCGGUUACCCAUCAUUUUUCCUUUUUGUUAAACGGGGCACCCAUCCUUAACCAUAGUUAAAUAUCCCAAAAAUAACCCAAGUGAGUAGAAUAAAAGGAGGGAGGUGAAAGUGUUUUUUGGGAUUUGGUAAGAAGGCCAAAAAAAAUGAGACACUGGCUUUUAAGGGGAAGAAGCUUUGGGAACUGGGUUUAACAAACGAGGUUUGGGUUACUAAUUGUAGAGAGAGUAAGAGGAGAGAGUAAGAGGAGAGAGAAAGAGGCAGCUUCUGCAACUCACCACCAACCUCUAUCUAAUUAGGGUGUUAUUUAAUCUAAUUUACUCCUUAUUAAUUACUGCUAUUACACAAAAACCCCAUUCGAUUUUCAUCUCUAUUAAAUUAAAAUAAAUCCCCAUUUCACUUUAAUCCAAUUUUCUGGGGAGAAUUUCAGUUUCAUUUUAUUGAAGCUUUCAGUUGCCCUCUUCAAUGGCGGAGCGUCGGAAUAAUGAAGCUUUUGCAGGUAUGGGAGGUGAAGCACUGUAUACAGAGCUAUGGAGGGCAUGUGCAGGGCCGCUGGUGGAUGUUCCACAGAUAGGAGAGAGAGUAUUUUACUUUCCACAGGGUCACAUGGAACAAUUGCAAGCAACAACAAACGAGGAAUCGGAUGAACAAAUCCCACGUUUUAAUCUGCCUUCAAAGAUACUUUGUCAAGUUCUGGACAUUGUACUAAAGGCUGAGCCGGAAACAGAUGAAGUGUAUGCCCAGAUUACUUUAGUACCAGAAAAAGAUCAAGAUGUUGAGCUUAAGAGUUCUGAUUCGAGUUUAGUUGAUCCCCCAAGGCCGAAAGUCCAGUCCUUCGUUAAGAUAUUAACUGCUUCGGAUACUAGCACUCAUGGAGGAUUCUCGGUUCUUCGCAAGCAUGCCAAUGAAUGCUUGCCUCCUUUGGAUAUGAGCCAACCAACACCAACCCAAGAGCUAGUUGCAACGGAUCUUCAUGGAUAUGAGUGGCAUUUUAAACAUAUAUUUAGAGGUCAACCCCGUAGACAUUUGCUCACGACUGGGUGGAGUACCUUUGUAACUUCUAAGCGUUUAGCUGCCGGAGAUGCAUUUGUUUUCUUAAGAGGUGAUAAUGGCGACCUACGAGUUGGUGUUAGGCGGCUUGUCCGUCAACAAAGCCCUAUGCCUCCAUCUGUUAUAUCGAGCCAGAGUAUGCACCUUGGGGUUCUUGCUACUGCCCGCCAUGCGGUUAACACCUGCAGCAUGUUCACCGUUUACUACAAGCCCAGGUCUAGUCAGUUCAUUGUUGGUGUAAACAAGUAUCUUGAAGCUGUAAACCAUAAAUUCUCUAUUGGCAUGCGCUUUAACAUGAAGUUUGAGGGAGAAGACACACCCGAAAGGAGGUUUACUGGGACCAUUGUCGGGGUUGAAGAUGUUUCAGCUCAGUGGUCAGGCUCUAAAUGGCGGUCACUGAAGGUUCAAUGGGAUGAAGCUGCUGCAUUUCAUAGGCCAGAUAAGGUCUCCCCUUGGGAAAUCGACCCCUUUGCUGCUUCUAUUCCUGUCAAUCCUACUCCACCACCAACACAGAAGACCAAGAGAUCCCGACCUAGUGAUCUGCCCAUAACUGAUAUCACUGGUGGUUCUGCUGCAUCAAACUUUUGGUAUGGAUCAGCGCAUACCAAUGAUUUCAGUAGUCCCAGGAAUCAGCGAGAUAAUAUUUGGACUCCUACUUAUGGAGGAAAUUCGUUGAGGUUUGACAAAAAAGAUGAUAGCAAAGCUUCAUCAGUUCAGUCAUGUUCAACUCCCUCAACCUAUCCAUAUCUUGCACCUUCAAGACUUGGAGCUGAUAAUUCAGUGCAGGUGAACAAUGGUGGAAAAUCACCAGGAAGUUGUCGUUUGUUUGGAAUUGAACUGAGAAACAGCUCUUACAUAGCUCCUACUCUGGAAAAAGUGACUGUUUGUCCUGAAAAUUUGUCAAACGGGGCUAAAGUAACGGAUGAUACAAGUGCUGGGAAGGCUGAUGAGGUUCAGAAUACUCAAGUUGCGGAACCAUUGAAAGAGCUAAAUGAAGCUAUCUCUGAUGCAUCGCAGAAGGAAACACCGACUAAGCAACUUUCUCAAUCUUCUACGAGGAGUCGUACUAAGGUACAAAUGCAAGGUGUUGCUGUUGGUAGGGCAGUGGAUUUGACAAUGCUAGAGGGAUAUGAUGAACUUAUAUGUGAGCUAGAAAAGAUGUUUGAUAUAAAGGGUGAACUUCAAACCCGAAAUAAGUGGGCCGUUGUUUUCACUGAUGAUGAAGGUGAUAUGAUGCUUGUAGGCGAUGAUCCGUGGGAGGAGUUUUGCAAUAUGGUGAGAAAGAUCUUAAUAUACUCGAGCGAGGAAGUGAAGAAUAUGAGUAGCAAAAGCAGACUGUGUUCACCAUCAGCAGAGGAAGGCACUGUACUUAGUCUGGGGACGGAGCAGAAGUCCGAAGCUCACGACUGAUGAGUAGGUAAUAAUGUCGGUCUUUUUUACGAGGGUAGGACUCGAAAAUGUGCUUGAACCGUUACGUUUAAGUUUUAGAAUAGUUGGUGCUAAUUGUGUAUAACUUGCCUUGGUGUGCCUUUUGGUUUCUCAGCUUGUAAUAUAAAUAUGGGAUGCCUGAUGCCCUGAUUGUGCUUUUGACGAUUUGGCAAGUGGAAAACUUUAAUUUAAAUGUUGUCUUAUCGACUAA